AUGGAAACCUCCUUUCAACUGAAGGAGGAAGAGAAGAAGGUAGAGGAAUUCUACAGCCCACCAGAGAAAUCCUUCAGUGCUGCCUUUAGCCUUGCUAACAAUAUUCGUUUUACAAUGGGGCCUGUGGAGGUUUUAAAGAUUGGAGAGAUUUCAACGACUUCGCUUAACAUCAGAAGAGAAGUCCAACUGGGAUUUGCUGUCCGCACAGCACUGUUAACCCUUUGGGGUGCAGUUGCAGAGCAACCACUUAUUGCAGUUGGACAGACUUACAAAGUCAUGUGCAUUAGAGCCACUAAUGACUUUAACUGUCAAAGAAGUUAUAAUUCGACAAUGUCGACAAAAUUUGAGCCUGUGAGUGUAGAGGAAGAGGAUGUGGAAGCAUUAUUGCAUUUUGAAGGAGUUGUAAACUCUGUUUCUUUCGAAAACAAACUUGUAGAAGUGGGAGAAGGUUUGCUAACAGUUUCUAACGCCCACCUGGGGGAGUUAUACCCCCCACAAAGUGUUCAGUGCUGGACUAUCCAUUAG